AGGCCAACAGUGACAUCAGCAUCAGCUGGUACUGACCACUCUGUUCUCACCGGCAGCAUGCUUUUAUUUUGAAAUUACACCUGUUCUCUUCCUGUCUGUAGGUGUGGCCUCAGUCACCCUCAACAUUUCUGGUCUGACCAAUCAGCAGAUCCACCUCACCCCUCUGCCCCGCCCCCAAACAGGUAAGAUCUCCUGCAGCUCCGCCCCUCACCAUCACUAACCUCAACUAACUAAUCACCUCUUAAUCAACCGUUAGAUUGACCAACUAAUUAACCAGUUAACUCGCCAUCCCACUGAUUAAAAUUGACAAACCUAUUAACUUACCACUCUAACCCUAACUCAUCAAUUUACCAGUAAACUAACUAACUAACCAAUCCAUUAGUUAACUACCAACAAACUUACCCACAUAUCAACUGUUCUUAACAACCCAGGAGUUAACAAGUAAACAAACGACCAACUGAUGAAGUUUCUAUGACCAACAGUCAGAGGACUGUAAAGGAACUAACUAGUUUAACUAGUUAAACUAGUUAAAUUAGUUAAAGUAGUUUGACUCACCAACCAGAAACUCUGACCAGCAGCUCACUAAGUAGAGCUGAGGUUAGAUCACAUGUUUUCUCUGUCACCGUGGUUACUACGUCUGAUGAGACCAUCGUGGAGACGGAAUUUUAAUCAGUGACCAGCAACCAUGACUGACAACCAAUCAACACAGCCGAGUUGACCACGUUGACUACAAUCAGAGACAAAACCCGCAACUUCCAAUGGGUCAAAAUCUCCCAUAUGUCAGAUCAAAACCUCAACGGUGUCUGCAACUUUAGUCAACUAACCAGCUGCUCAACCAGUUUACUCUGUCUCUGUUUACAGCAACGAACAUCAACAAAGUGCUGCAACUGGUUCAACCAGCAACACAACAACAACAACAGAUAACACUACAACAGAAACCAGUGCAGCAACAGGAAACUACACAACAGCUGCAGCAAGAAACAACCACGGAGCAAUGGAUAACGACACAAAGGCAACCAACAACCACCCAGCAGCAACCAACAGAGCAACUGACAACACAAAGGCAACCAACUACUACACAGCAGCAACCAACAACCAUACUAAUGCAAUUAACAGCAACACAAAGGCAAGCAACAACCACACAGCAACAACAACCAACAAUUACACAAGAGCAACAGACACCCACACAACAGCAACAACAACAAUCAACAACCACACAACAAUGGCAAUAUACAACACAACAACUAAAACUCACAUCACAGCAAUCAGCAAUAAUACAACAAAAAGAAACACAACAACAACAACAACUGCCAACUCAGAAACAUAACAGACAAACAACAGAACAACCACCUGAAGAGCAGGAGCUCCGCCCCCCCGAGUCUGCCGGUUUGAGAAAGGACACGGUGGGCGGGGCCAGGGACAAAGGUCAUGGUCCAGGGGACCUUCUGGAUGGAGGAUUAGACUUCAUCGUGGGCAGGAAUGGCUCCGUGGGCGGGGCUUCAGCUUUGACCUCCCUCCUCCAUGAGAUUGACUUCCUGAACAGUAAGAGCCUGGAGGCGGAGCUUAAGGAGGAGGGCGGAGCUGUGGGGAGGGACUUGGAACAGGGUGGACCCUGGCUCCUCGAGCUAGACUCAGACUCUGAAGACGCUGCUACCAUGGAUACUUUGAAGAACCAUGAACCGCCAAGUCUCCUGACUCCACCCCCUCUGCAACAGAUGAAGGUGGGUGGGGUGAAGGAGGCGGAGCCUGCCAUCACAGAUGAAGCAGGGGGAGGGGUUGAGAUAGGGCAGGGUGGCGUGUCCUGGAGGCCGAUGCCGAGGCUGGUCCCUCUGGGGCUGAAAGGUCACGCCCCCAUCUAA